AUGUUCAACAAAUCUUUUGGGACUCCCUUUGGGGGAGGGACAGGAGGAUUUGGGGCUACUUCAACAUUUGGGCAACAAAAUACUGGAUUUGGAGCGACGGGGGGCUUUGGAUCUUCAGCAUUUGGGACUACAAACAACACAGGAGGACUGUUUGGGACCACCCAAAACAAACCUGGUGGUCUAUUUGGCUCAAGCACCUUCAGUCAGCCUGUAACAUCCUCCACCAGUAGUGGGUUUGGGUUUGGUGCCACCAGUGGCACAUCAAACAGCCUUUUUGGAAGCACCAACACUGGAGGUGGAGGAUUGUUUUCCCAGCAGAAUAAUGCCUUUGGUGCCAACAAACCAGCCACUUUUGGCACUUUCGGUACCAGCACCAGUAGCGGUGGAUUAUUCGGGACAACCAACACAACAUCCAACCCUUUUGGAGGAACAUCAGGAUCUUUGUUUGGGUCAUCAAAUUUCACUGCUGCUCCACCUGGCACAACAAUCAAAUUCAAUCCACCAACUGGGAGUGACACAAUGGUUAAAGGAGGUGUGACAACCAGCAUCAACACCAAACACCAGUGUAUCACUGCCAUGAAGGAAUAUGAGAACAAAUCCUUAGAGGAAUUGAGGCUUGAGGAUUAUCAGGCAGGAAGGAAGGGUCCUUCCAACCCCAUGGCAGCUGGCACAGGUGGUCUCUUUGGAGCCGCAGCAACAGCUACUCCCAGUACUGGCACUGGACUCUUUGGACCCUCAACUCCGAACAAUGUUUUCAGCUUUGGCCAGAACAAGACCUCAUUUGGCACAAGUACUGGGGGCUUUGGUACAACCAAAGGAAGCUUGUUUGGCCAGCCGCAGCAGCAUCAGCAGCAGCAAGGUUCCAGUCUCUUCAAACCAUUUGGCUCAGCUACCACCACCCAAAAUAACACUUUCUCCUUUGGCAACAGCAGCAGCAUGGGUCUGUUUGGCAACACAGCUGCCUCUCAGGCUGGAGGACUGUUUGGAAACACUAACACAAGUACGGCCACGGGAUUUGGCACAGGAAUUUUCGGCCAAACUAACACCGGCUUUGGGAAUGUGGGUACACAGAAUCUUUUUGGCAAUAAGCCUGCUGGAUUUGGCACCACCACCACCACUAGCGCACCCUCCUUUGGAACAGGCACUGGUCUGUUUGCAAAUAAGCCUACACUUACUCUAGGGACUAACACGAACACCUCAACCUUUGGAUUUGGUGCAACUGGUACUGGUGGGGGUCUCUUUGGGAACAAAACUGCUUUGAUGGGCCUGGGAACAGGACUGGGAACUGGCUUUGGAGGAGCUGUUGGAACUGGCCAGACAUCAUUGUUUGGGAACAACCAGAACAAGCUAGGCUCCACCCUGGGGUCAGUGGGCACCUUUGGGACUGGAGGCUUUAACACUGGUGCCAACACUCUGAAUUUUGGUGCUCCUCAACAGCCUGUGGCUUUGACUGACCCCAAUGCAUCAGCUGCGCAGCAAGCCGUCCUCCAACAGCAGAUCAAUGCAUUGGCCUAUUCUCCUUUUGGAGACUCACCCCUCUUCAGAAAUCCACUGUCAGACCCCAAGAAGGAGGAAGAGUGUCUAAAGCCCACAAAUCCAGCUGCUCAGAAAGCCCUGACUACCCCUACUCAGUACAAACUUACCCCUCGUCCUGCCACCCGUGUUCGUCCCAAAGCUCUGUCCUCAUCUGGCUCAUCCAAAUCUCAGCUCUUUGAUGGACUUGAUGAUGAUGAACCCUCUCUUAAUAAUGGAGCCUUCAUGUCCAGGAAGAGCAUAAAGAAGCUUGUUUUGAAGAAUCUGAAUAACAGCAGUCUGUAUAACAACUCUGUGAACAGAGAAGCUGAUGACUUGGCCUCCCCUUCAGAGUACCCACAAAAUGGGGUCAGUCUGAGUAGAGAUGAAAGAGAGACCAGAGAGGUAACUGUGGAGCCAAGUGAGGAGGAUGAUCUGGAGGUCUCCAAGUUCUACACCAAUCCGAUCACCAAACCGAUUCAACACUCCCAGCCGAGCCCCUUGCUACAGGACACAAUCUCAGAGUUCAACAUGCGGGGAACUGCCAGUCAUCGCAAUGGCUUGGAGGCCAGCAGUGAGGACAUCUCCCUGGUAGAGGAUUCUGUUCAGGAGGAGAGAGAUGAGGAGCUAGAGGCUCAGAAACCUCCUCACCCAGCUGGUAUAGCUGUUUUUGUCCUCUCAGGUAUAGUGCUUACCCGUGUGGGCUACUACACCAUCCCAUCAAUGGAAGAGCUGGGAAGGAUGUUAAACGAGAAUGGCGAGUGUAUUGUGGAGAACUUCACUGUUGGCAGGAAAGGCUAUGGAUCAGUUUUCUUCUCUGGUGAGGUGAAUCUCAGCAACAUGAACCUGGAUGAGAUUGUGCACUUCAGGCGUAAGGAAAUAAUUGUGUACCCCGAUGACAAAGACAAGCCUUCUGUUGGAGAGGGACUAAACAGACGUGCUGAGGUGACUCUAGAUGGUGUGUGGCCUAAUGACAAGACAACAUGCUCUCAGAUUAAGAGUUCAGAGAGGCUGACUGAGAUGAACUACGAGGGCCGGCUUGAGGCAGCCUCACGUAAACAGGGUGCACACUUCUUGGAAUACAGACCCGAAACUGGCUCCUGGGUCAUUGAGGUGGCCCACUUCUCAAAGUAUGGACUCCAGGAAUCUGAUGAAGAAGAGGAACCCCCCCUCAUCCCACAGCUUUCACUGACCCAGCAGCAGAUGGCACCACAGGCUCAGCCAUGUGUUGGGAGUUGGACAGUGACAUGGCUGGCUAACGUUACUCAAGAGCAACCGGCAGGCAGUAUUUUGGGUGAGGAGGAUGGAGAGAGAACUCUGGAGGAGAACAAGCUGAGAUCUGAGACUCCUGCCGAGCACGAGCCCGUAUCUGCAUCAAGUCAGAUUGCUUCCUCAAUGGGCAUCAACCCUCAUACCUUACAGGUAGUGUGGGUGUAA